UCGACAGCUCUUCUUACUGUCCUCUUCACAGCUUUUGAAAUGUGGCUCAUGGUUGUUUCUGUGCCGCUGCUUCCUGCCAUCAUCAUGGUAUCCACUCGUUAUCGUGACAAAGUUGCCGCGCUGUGCCAUCGAGCUCUGGCCUGGGCACUGAGGACGCUGCGAGGGAGAGUGUGUGUUAGGAGCACCCAUGCGUUCGUGUUCUCCAAAUGCACCCACGGCAAAGUUGACAGCGUCCUGGAAACCUUUGACCUUUAUGCUGACACACACCCCUCCUUCAGCAUCGGUCCACAGAUUGGUGAGGCAUUGGAUGAGGUGGUGAGGCGUGUGCGUCCCUCCCGGGUGUUGGAGCUGGGGAUGCACUGUGGCUACAGUUCAGUCCGCCUGCUGCGUCUGCUGCCCCCUGCUGGCAGACUGAUCACAGUGGAGCUGGACCCACUCAUAGCAGAUCUUGGGGAGGAAAUCAUACUUGUAGCUGGUUUUAAACACUCACAGUUCCAGGUGUUGACAUCUAGCUCAGCUGAAGCCAUCCCAACAUUGCGUCCAUUCCUUGAGCCUGAUCGAGGGACCAGUGAGGGGUUCAAUCUGGUGCUGAUGGACCAUGACCCCAGUCAGUACCUUCCAGACCUGCUGGCUCUGGAGAGAGAGGAGCUCCUCAGCCCCUCCGGCUGCUCUGUCCUUCUGAUCUACAGGAACCAGAGACCUGAAGAUCUUACAGAAAUCCUGGGUCACAUCAGAGCGAAGCCCGACUGCUACUGCAUCACAUCAGAGCUUCAGUUUAUGACGGAGAUCUUCUACCAAAAGGAAAGCACGAGGGUAGAUAGGUGACAGGAAAAUCUAAAGAUGUGGGUGUUUGCUUUCAGUCUGUGUGGACUACACCAAGCAGUAGUGUUAAAUACUUCAUUGUCUCUAGUAUUAUUUAUGGGUCAAAGGAUUGGAGGAUUAAAAAAUAUGUGCUAAAUAAAUGAUUUUUUAUCAU